CCCCGUCUGGAAUCGCCUACCCAUGCGUUUGCAUGUGGACCCGGACUCCAGUUCCGGAGUCUUGUAGCUGGAUCCGCAGAGAAGAGAAGUUCUAAAGCAAUCAGAACAGCGUUUCCACUUGGGACCCUUACUCGCAGCUGGAAAUGGGGAAUGGACUGUCAGACCAGACGUCUAUCCUGUCCAGCCUGCCUUCAUUUCAGUCCUUCCACAUCGUGAUUCUGGGUUUGGACUGUGCUGGAAAGACGACCGUCUUAUACAGGCUGCAGUUCAAUGAGUUUGUCAAUACCGUACCCACCAAAGGAUUUAACACGGAGAAAAUUAAGGUAACCUUGGGAAAUUCCAAAACAGUCACUUUUCACUUCUGGGAUGUAGGUGGUCAGGAGAAAUUAAGACCGCUCUGGAAGUCAUACACCAGAUGCACAGAUGGCAUUGUGUUUGUUGUGGACUCUGUUGAUGUUGAAAGGAUGGAAGAAGCCAAAACCGAACUUCAUAAGAUAACGAGGAUAUCAGAAAAUCAAGGAGUCCCCGUACUGAUCGUUGCUAACAAACAAGACUUGAGGAACUCAUUGUCCCUCUCAGAAAUUGAGAAGCUGUUAGCAAUGGGGGAACUGAGCUCAUCCACUCCUUGGCAUUUGCAGCCCACCUGUGCAAUCAUAGGAGAUGGACUGAAGGAAGGACUUGAGAAGCUACAUGAUAUGAUAAUUAAAAGGAGAAAAAUGUUGCGGCAACAGAAAAAGAAAAGAUGACUGUCGAUACCUUUAGUAUCUGUGUGGACAGGUUUUUCCCUCUGGCCUGUAUUUUGGCAAAUGGAAGAGUGUCUACAGCCUGGUUUGCCCGUCUGCCCUCCUGGAUGCUAUUAAAGCUUUGUUUUGUUGAAUAAUCAGAUGCCCAACUCUGUUGCCUUGUGGAAGUUGAGUAAAUGCAGUGCUUCUGAAAGUGGUCUUUUCUCCCUACCCCACAAGUCUUCUGGUACUACCAUUUUGGGAAGCCAAGCAAGGAUAGUUAAUUGACCAGAACACAGCUGUGGAAAUUUGAUCUGAAGUUAGUGAAAUAAAACUUUGAAGAGUGUCUACCUAGUAUUUUGUGCUCAUAUCUUCUGGGGGGAACCCUUUGCAAGAAAGGCUUUGUAUGUGAAGAUAAAAUGAUAAUGAAUGGAAAUGUUAAGGUAGAUCAGUAUAUAUACAGUUAUAUUGUUUAUGUUGGUUCAACCAGCCCUUUUGAUGUUAGGGGCAAGGAGGAAGUGUUUACUUUUUAAAGUUUUGGCCAAACGAUUUUUGACAUUUCUGGAGUCAAAUAAUUUAAUGCUAUAUCUUAAUUCUAGACAAUGUUAAUUAAGUUGGUCUACCUUUCAUAAAAACAAGAUAUUUGGGGUAUAUUCAAGUGCAUGGAUUAGUUUUCCUGACAAGCAUGUUUUGGUUGUGUAGUCUUACUUUUUAGAAAUUGCUAUGCAUCUUUCUACACAGGUUUAAAACAACUUAUUUUGGGAUUUAGGACUGUAUAGAAAAUAGUUGUCAGAAGCACUUUCACUUGAAGAACCUAAAAAAAUUUACUUGGCUCUCUUAUAUAGUAAAUAUGGGCAUGUAGAUUAGUCAUAAAUAUACAUUGGAUACAUAUGGAUUUAUGAAGAAAGCAAUUGAUGAUUCAAGAGAAUGUAAUUGUACACAGUCUCUAAAAUAUUCCAAUUAUAAGGUAUUUGUUCUAUUAAUAUUUGCUGGCUGAAAACAGAUGUGAUUUUUUUCAUAUAUUUUUGUAGUGUAUUUGGAGGAGCUUUAUAAAAAACACCUGAUGUGCUGUGAAAUGAAAAUGUGAAAGAAA